AAUUUGUUUUCAAGCUACCAUGGAGCUAUCUAUAUAUACUGGGUGAGAUAGUCUGCAGGUGUUGGGUAGGGAGGCUACUUUUACUAAGCAAGGGAUGCUCUGCAGGUUACUGCAGAUGUGUCUAGAGGACCACUGUCCAUCCUCCUCCCUCAGGCUUAGAUGUGAUGGUGGGGGGAGUAGUGACGUCACGCUUGCACUAUAAAAGCCGGGGCUUGGAGCAGGUGCUAGGAACACACUUCUACAAGAGUAGUGAUGCCGACGCCAAACGUCUCCGGAUCUUCAGGGAAAAGCUUCAGAAGGGCAGUCUCUGAGCUUGAUCCCAAACAGGCUGAAGCUAUUCUGUCGCCACGAUUCUUGGGCAGAAGACAGAGUUUGAUAGAAGAUGCCCGGAAGGAACGGGAGGCAGCGGCGGCAGCUGCAGAGGCCGCAGAGUGCACCGACCCCUUGGUAUUUGAAGAAAAAGAUGGAAAAGCCAUUAUCAACCUGCUCUUCUCUCUUAAAGGAAAUAAGCCAUCUUCCUUAUCCCGCACCCUGAAAGUAUUUGAGACUUUUGAAGCCAAAAUCCAGCAUCUGGAGACACGACCUGGAAAGAAGGGAACAGAAGCAGGUUCAGAUUUGGAGUAUUUUAUACGCUGUGAAGUUCAUCGUUCAGACCUUAGCACACUUAUGAGCUCUAUAAGGAGAGUAUCAGAAGAAGUGAGGACCACAAAGGAAGUAAAAGUUCACUGGUUUCCUACUAAAAUUUCCGACCUGGAUAAGUGUCACCACUUGGUUACCAAGUUCGAUCCAGAUCUAGAUUUGGAUCACCCGGGUUUCUCUGAUCAGGAGUAUCGUAAAAGGAGGAAGAUGAUUGCUGACAUAGCCUUCUCCUACAGACAUGGUGAUCCAAUUCCUCGGGUGGAGUACCUGCCAGAGGAGACAGCAACCUGGAAGGAGGUCUACUCUACCCUCAAGAGUCUGUACCCAACUCACGCGUGUAAGGAGCACCUUAAAGCUUUCCAUCUGCUUGAGACCCAUUGUGGUUACAGUGAAGACAACAUUCCCCAGCUACAGGAUGUUUCCUGCUUUCUUAAAGAAAGGACUGGAUUUACGGUACGCCCUGUGGCUGGCCUUCUAUCGGCUCGUGACUUCCUCUCUAGCUUGGCUUUUCGUGUUUUCCAGUGUACCCAAUAUAUUCGACAUGCAUCAUCCCCCAUGCACUCUCCAGAACCGGACUGUUGUCAUGAGCUGCUUGGACACGUUCCCAUAUUGGCAGAUAAAACGUUUGCUCAGUUCUCACAGGACAUUGGCUUGGCAUCGCUGGGAGCAACAGAUGAGGAAAUAGAAAAACUGGCUACGCUCUAUUGGUUUACUGUGGAAUUUGGACUUUGCAAGCAGGAUGGAGAAAUAAAAGCCUAUGGCGCAGGUUUACUAUCAUCAUAUGGCGAAUUGCUGCAUUCUUUGUCUGAUGAACCAGAGAAACGACCCUUUGACCCAGAUGAAGCAGCUAUUCAGCCAUAUCAGGACCUGAAUUACCAAUCUGUAUAUUUUGUAUCAGAAAGUUUCACUGAUGCUAAGGAAAAACUAAGGAAUUAUGCAUCUCGUAUAAAGAGGCCCUUUGCUGUGCGCUAUGACCCCUACACUGUGAGCAUCGAGGUUCUGGACUCACCCGGCCGGAUUCAGAGCUCACUGGAAGAGCUCAGAGAUGAACUACAGACCCUGACUACUGCACUCAGCAUCCUCUCCUAACAUACAACCGCCAAAAUCUGUGACCCUACAUAGGCUUCCUGGGUGCACUGCAUGAUCUCCAGUAUCCACCAUCUCAGUACCAUUGCUGUGGUCAGCUCACCUUUUUGUAUGGGAUUGUCCUGUUCACCAUUAUGUACAAACCUGAAUGAAUCUACAUUUUUAAUACACAUAAUAUAAAUGUUAUUGCUUAAUAUAUAAUGGCUUACAUUUGCAGUUCACGCUUUAAGAUGGUUUAGGAAAGCUAUUGUGCUCUG